GCUGCACUUUUAGGAGGCGGGGAACCAUUUCUGCUGACUCAAAGAGAAGUGACCCUUUCUCACUUUCCUUAAUACUUCAGCAGUGGACUGAAACCAGCUUGCUUUACAAGAAAUAAAUGAAGUCAUGCACUUGUCAUUUUGUAUCUACUUGUAUCUACUUGGCAAGUUACAGUGGGGAAAACUAGGAAAAUAUUAAAUAGCAGGAGAUUUCAUGUAAUCAUGAACGCUUCUGGAAUGGCAGUUCAAACUAAUAUACUGCAUUUUCUGUUUUCCAGGUAAACAGCGGGGGGAAAUACCAUCAAAACCAAAGAAGGUUUAACUGGAUUUGUUUCCUUCCUUGGCAUACACGUGGGGCUUCAUAUCAGGAAACCAUGAGCUGCUUUACUCAAAUGCUGGGAAACUGGAUUAGUUUUCCUUCCAUGGAAGAAUACCUGAGCUCAAGGACUUACUCUUGGUGGUUGCGUAUGCUUCUGAUUUUGCCUUGCUCAAUCAUUAUAAUGACAUAUUUGUUUAUCUGUGCAAUCUCAUUUUUGCUAUAUGUCUACAAGAAUAGGAAUAACCAGCAAGAAACUGAUUUUGAUACCAAAUGUUGGAAAAAGCCAAAGCAAAUUACGGCUCAAGUUUUAGAUAUGUUUGGAAAGAUAUGGCAUGGUUAUGAAGUUUUUGGCAUGGAACAUCUCCCUAAAGGACCAGUGCUUAUUAUCUUUUAUCACCCAGUUUGUACUAUUGACUAUUUCUUCCUUGUCGCUAGACUUUUCAAGGAGACAGGGAGAGAGUGCUUUACAAUAAUUGAUCAUGCCAUAUAUCGGUUUCCAGGGUGGAAGACGGCUUUAGAUGCGGCCGGGUUGAAAGAUUUUAAUAAAGCUGAAUGUGUGGAAAUUUUGAAGAAAGGCCAUUCACUGGGCAUUGCCCCUGGCGGAGGUAGAGAAGGAAACUUCGGUACUGACUACAACAUAAUGUGGGGUAACCGCACAGGUUUCGCUCGGAUAGCUUUGGAGGCAAAAGUGCCCAUCAUCCCUAUAUUUACACAAAACAUUUGUGAAGCAUACAGGAACAUUGGAAAGUCAAGGUUGACAAGAUGGUUAUAUGAGAAAACACGGCUUCUCUACCUUCCCGUAUAUGGGCCAUUUCCAGUGAAACUGAGGACAUAUAUUGGAGAACCCAUCCCAUAUGAUCCAAAUAUAACAGCUGCAGAGCUGGCUGAAAAAACAAAGACUGCAAUUGAAAAUCUUCGGGAUAAACACCAAAAAAGGCCAGGAAAUAUAUUAAGAGCUCUUUCAGAACGAUUUGAUAAGCAUUACAAAGCUGACUAGUCCAUAUAAAGCAGUUGUAAUGUUUAUGAUCAUGCAUCUGUAAUAGAAAACUGUCAUUAUUAUGUAAUUAAAGAUAAGUUAAGAUACACAGAAUUGUGCUGGAUUGUAUAUUAAUUAUUGUGAAGGGUCAUUAGCUCAUUAGCUCAGCCCUUGGUGUACAUGCUGAAGAGCCUAAGUGCCUUCUUGUCCUAUCCUGCAAAACUCCCAGAAUCCCCCUUUUGGAGUCUUACACUGGUAGCACCAGAAUCAAAGAGUGUAACGGGAAGGUGAGUGUUUAAUUGAACCUUGAAAUAAUGCUAUAUCUGAAAGAGUAAUGUCU